CAUAAGAUCAGUCUGAGGAGGAGAUGUGAACGUGUGACUGAAGGAAGUGAUGAAACAGGAAGUAGAACCCACCUCAACAGGAUCUACACUGAGCUCUACAUCACAGAGGGACAGAGUGAAGAGGUUCAUACCCAACAUGAGGUGAGGCAGCUAGAGACAGCUUCCAAGAUGGACGCCCUCCAUGAUGCUCCAAUCAGGUGCCAGGACAUCUUUAAAGCCUUACCUGACCAACAGAGACCCAUCAGAGUGGUUCUGACCAACGGCGUGGCUGGUGUUGGAAAAACCUUCUCAGUGCAGAAGUUCACUCUGGACUGGGCAGAGGGCUUGGAGAACCAACAUGUCAGUGUGGUGGUUCUGCUUUCAUUCAGGGAGCUGAACCUGAUCAGAGAUGAGCAGUACAGUCUUCUGGAGCUGCUCCAUGUUUUCCAUCCAACAUUACAGAAGGUCACAGCAGAGAAGCUGGCUGUCUCUCAGCUUUUGUUCAUCUUUGACGGCCUGGAUGAAAGCAGACUUUCAUUGGAUUUCACCGACAGGAAGCUGCUGUCUGAUGUCACACAAAAGUCAUCAGUCAGCCAGCUGCUGACAAACCUCAUCCAGGGGAAUCUGCUUCCCUCGGCUCUCGUCUGGAUAACUUCCCGACCUGCAGCGGCCAAUCAGAUCCCUCCUACAUGUGUCGACAGGCUAACAGAAGUACGAGGCUUCACUGACGCCCAGAAGGAGGAGUACUUCAGGAGGAGAUUCAGUGAUGAAGAGCUGUCCAGCAGAAUCAUCUCCCACAUGAAGACAUCCAGGAGCCUCCACAUCAUGUGUAGUAUCCCAGUCUUCUGCUGGAUCACUGCUACAGUUCUGGAGCACAUGUUGACUACAGAGCAGAGAGGAGAGCUGCCCAAGACCCUGACUGACAUGUACUCACACUUCCUGCUGGUUCAGACAAAGAGGAAGAAGAACAAGUACCAUGAGGGACAUGAGACGAGUCCACAGGAGCUGAUGGAGGCUGACAGGGAAGUUCUUCUCAAGCUGGGGAGGCUGGCGUUUGAACAUCUGGAGAAAGGAAACAUCAUGUUCUACCAAGAAGACCUGGAGCAGUGUGGUCUGGAUGUGACAGAGGCCUCGGUGUACUCAGGAGUUUGUACAGAGAUCUUCAAAAGAGAGUGUGUGAUCUUCCAGAAACCAGUCUACUGCUUUGUUCAUCUGAGCAUUCAGGAGUUUCUGGCUGCAGUCUACAUGUUCCACUGUCACACCAACAGGAAGACUGAGGUGCUGAAGAACUUCUUUGGGAAAAAAUAUAAAGAGUCAUCGUUGGAUGAUUUUCUGAAGCAAGUCAUGAGAAAAUCCCUCCAGAGUAAAAAUGGCCACCUGGACCUGUUUGUUCGCUUCCUUCAUGGCCUCUGUCUGGAGUCCAACCAGAGACUCUUAGGAGGUCUCCUCAGUCAGACAGAGAUCAGUCCAGGAACCAUCCAGAGAGUCAUCAUCAACCUGAAGAAGUUGAACAAUGAUAAAAUCUCUCCAGACAGAGGCAUCAACAUCUUCCACUGUCUGAUGGAGAUGAACGACCUCUCAGUACAUCAGGAGAUCCAAGAGUUCCUGAAGUCAGAGAACAGAUCAGAGAAGAAACUCUCUGAGAUCCAGUGCUCAGCUCUGGCCUUCAUCCUGCAGAUGUCAGAGGAGGUUCUGGAUGAGUUGGACGUGCAGAAGUACAAAACUUCAGAGCGGGGACGACAGAAACUGAUUCCAGGUGUGAGGAACAGCAGAACGGCUCGACUGACUCGGUGUGGACUCUCAGAGACUCACUGUGAAGUUGUGGCCUCAGCUCUGAAGUCUAACCCCUCCCAUCUGACAGAGCUGGACAUGAGUUGGAACAAACUGCAGGAUUCAUCAGUGAAGCUUCUGUGUGCUGGACUGGAGAGUCCAAACUGUCAACUGGAGACUCUGCGACUGAGUCUCUGUAACUUGUCAGAGAGAAGCUGUGAAGCUCUGUCCUCAGUUCUCAGCUCCCAGUCCUCUUGUCUGAAAGAGCUGGACUUAAGUAACAACAACCUGCAGGAUUCAGCAGUGAAGUUUCUUUCUGCGGGACUUCGAAGUCCACACUGUGAAUUGAAUACUCUGAGACUGAGUCACUGUAAGCUCUCAAUGAGAGGCUAUGAAGCUCUCUUCUCAGCUCUCAGUUCCCAGUCCUCUAAUCUGAGACAGCUGGACCUGAGUAACUCUGACCUGCAGGAUUCAGGAGUGAAGUUUCUGUCUGCUGGAGUGAAGAGUCCACACUGUAAAACGGAAACUCUCAGUCUGUCAGGCUGUCUGAUCACAGAGGAAGGCUGUACUUCUCUAGCCUCAGCUCUGAGCUCCAACCCCGCCCAUCUGAGAGAGCUGGACCUGAGCUACAAUCAUCCAGGAGACUCAGGAAUGAAGCUGCUGUCGGCUGGACUGAAGGAUCCAGGCUGGAGACUGGACGCUCUCAGUGACGACGACAGCGCGCUGCGCAUUGAUGGUUUUUCACCACCUCUUCGUCUGGACAGACACCGUGAACACACCAAGAAGCAACAUGGCGGCGGUGUGUGUCUGUAUGUAAACAACAGAUGGUGCUCUAUAGUCACUGUGAGGAAGAAGCUGUGCACUACAGACAUUGAGCGUCUGGCUGUUUCCCUGCGCCCCUACUACCUCCCCAGAGAAUUCCCACAGCUUUUCAUCAUCUUGGUUUACAUCCACCCCAGAGCUGAUGCAGCUAAAGCCACAGAGUACUUCACCAACACUCUGUACAAACUGGGACAAUUAGCACCGGACUCUCCCAAGUUCAUCCUGUGUGAUUUCAACCACUGUUCCCAUGACAAGUCGCUUAAAGAUACCAACAGCUCAGCAGACCACCACACCAUCCUGCUGGCCCCUGCUUACACCCCAGUCAUCAAGAGGACUAAAAAGGUCACCAAAAACAUCAAGCAGUGGACAGAGGAAAGUAUCCUCACCCUACAAUGUUUCGAAGCCACUGACUGGGACAGCCUUCUUUCUCCCUCUGAUGACAUCGAGAAACAAGUCAACACGGUGACAUCAUACAUCUCCUUCUGUGUUGACAACAUUAUCCCCUCAAAGACAGUCUGCAUCUACCCCAACAACAAACCCUGGAUCACCAAGGAACUCAAGGAAAUCCUUAAUAACAAAAAGAGGAUUUUCUUUACUGGCUCUGCCCUUGAUAAAAAGGACGCCAACAAGGAUGUCCACAGGGCCAUAAAAACUGAUAAACUGGAGUAUAAAAACACAGUUGAAAAAAAAAUCACCACAGGGGACCUCCGCUCAGCCUGGCAGGGCCUCAAAACCGUGGCCUCUGUGAAUACUGUGGUCACCACCCCCAGAACCAUCCAGGUGGAGGGCAGCAACCCCUCCUCGCUCCCAGAUGACCUCAGCGCUUUCUACACCAGGGAAGAAUCCGCUCAAAUCAACAACUAUGGGUGGAAGCUGGAAUACAUCACGGAUCAGUUGGCUGCGGUCGUGAGGUCUCAGAAUCUGCUCUGUGAGCAAAAGAUUGAUAAGACCACGGAAUUGAGGUCACACCGGCCCCCAGCUGUGGAAACAGUCAUCCCCAUCCCCAAAAGAAACAACCCAAAGUCUCUGAAUGAUCUUCGUCCUGUGGCCCUCACCUCCCUGGUGAUGAAGGCCAUGGAGAAGAUCAUAAAACAGCACAUCAUAAGAGCAACUAACCCCCGGAUGGACCCACUCCUGUUUGCUUACCGUGCAUGCAGAGGUGUCGAUGAUGCAAAAAUCUUCAUCUUGGACUCCAUCCACAAACAUCUGGAGGUCCCUGACUCUUCCGCCAGACUUCUGUUUGCUGAUUUUUCAUCAGCGUUCAACACUCUGCAGCCUCAUAUCCUGGCCACUAAACUUUCCACACGAUUUCACCUGGAUGAUCAGCUAAUCCUGUGGAUAUUGGACUUUUUGACCAACAGGACUCAGGAAUUUCGGGUCAACAACUCUCUUUCCGGUCUCCAUUCCACCUGCACCUGCUCCCCCCAAGGCUGUGUGCUCUCCCCCCUACUUUUCAUCCUCUACACCAGGGUCACCACCACCAUCCAUGGGAAGCCAGUUGAGGUAGUUGAGGAGUACGAAUACCUGGGAACCAUCUUUGACAACCUCCUGAAAUGCUCUGCCAACACAGUGGAGAUUCUCAGGAGGUGCCACCAACAGCUAUACCUCCUUAGGAAACUCAACUCCUUCGGAGUCGGCACACCCAUCAUGAUGACUUUCAACUAUGCCUUCUUGGAAAGCAUCAUGACCUUCUCCAUCACCUGCUGGUUCCAUUCCCUCAGCCUUCAGAAUAGAAACAGACUGCAGCGCACUGCAUCACAACUCACAAUCGACACAAACACAGUGAACAGAAGACUCAAACUGUCUGAAAACAACAGGAAGGUGACACAUGUGGAGGAGGUUCAGUCAUAUCCUGAUCAUCCAGACAGAUUUGAUAUCAAGACUCAGCUGCUGUGUAGAAAUGGUCUGACUGAUCGCUGUUACUGGGAGAGCGAGUGGAAAAGAAGAGUUGAUAUAUCAGUGAGUUACAGAAGAAUCAGAAGGAAAGGAGGCAGUGAUGACUUUUUGUUCGGAUGGAAUGAACAUUCCUGGAGUCUGUACUGCUCUGAUGGUGCUCCUCAAUAUGUCAGGCACAAUAACAUAAAAACAUCCGUCUCCUCCUCCUCUGUCUCUAACAGAGUAGCAGUGUAUGUGGACUGUCCUGCUGGCACUCUGUCCUUCUACAGAGUCUCCGCUGACACUCUGAUCCACCUCCACACCUUCAACACCACAUUCACUGAAACUCUUUAUCCUGGGUUUACAGUCUGGUCUGGUUCCUCAGUGUCCCUGUGCUGAGUUGAGUGUAAAGAGUUUCCUCCUGUUAGAGAAACACUCUGACUGUUCAGUCUGUACAUGUCUGUCUCUUUCUCUCAGUAACACGUCUUCAGUUUCAUUGAUUCAAUCAGUUGAUGUUUGAAACUGUUCUAAAUGAUUCCUUGUAAACUUCUUCCUCUUCAGUCCUUUAAAGAUGGAAGCUCCCAUUAUUCCAGGAUCCACAUGUUGUUUUCUGUCUUUUUCGCAGUGAAUAUCAGUAUGUUGUCUUUCUCUGAAGCUUGGUUCACAACCAGCUCCUCUGCAUUUUCAACAAGUCUGAGCUCA